AUUACAAUGUAUUUCGACUCUCAGUGCUCUGAUAGUAAGAUGGGAUACCAAGGGGUAUUCGAUGCAGCUGAUUACUAUGGACCAGAUGUCGUGUAUUUAGUGCUGCAUGGACUGUCACUUCCUUAUUUCAGAGGUUCCUUUAUUUCACUUCAGGCACUGCGUGCUGUUGAUCAGCUGAACAAAACAAAGACAGUGGAAUAUCUUCAAAUUUUAUUCGAUAACCAAGACUUAAUUUCCGGGUCACCUGAUACAGUUAGUGAUGCUGACAUGAUUGUAAUACUGACUGACUUUGCCGUUGAGGUAGGCUUCACCGAAGAAGAAUUUCUUGAAGAAUACAACCACCCGAAAACCAAUCAACUGUGUCGGCAUGAAAUGAAAAUGGCCAAUGAUCGUGGAGUCUACGGGGGUCCAUGGUUCGUUGUGAAUGGCAUGACUGUGCUGGAUUACUACCCGUAUUGGGAUGUAGAGGAUUGGAUAUCACUUAUUGAUCCACUGCUGGGGUAAACUAAGAAAAUCAACACACAGCCAGUUUGGGAGAACAAUAGUUUGAUGUAAAAAUGUUUUUUUUCUGCGUAAUAUGUAGUUUGCAUGCUUGGAUAACUUUGAGAAUGUUUGUUUGUUUUUUU